AUGCUAGAUCGAUCUUUGGAGCCCUGCGCUGUAUCCGAAGAAGCUUAUCUCUCUAGUGGAGCGGGAUCGCCGUACGCCGGUCUAUCGCGAGAAGAGAGAAGACGAAGAAGGAGAGCCACCCUAAAAUACAGAACAGCGCACGCUACUAGGGAGAGAAUAAGAGUUGAAGCGUUUAACGCAGCAUUUGGUUCACUUCGGAGACUUCUGCCAACAUUGCCUCCAGACAAAAAACUGUCAAAGAUUGAAAUUCUUCGACUGGCUAUCUGUUACAUUGCGUAUUUGAAUCAUGUAUUGGAUGCGUGA